UUUAAAAAUACGAUCGACACCAUCCCAUUUCAGCACCUCAUGUAAAGGAGGACAGAGCUAAAUGCUUAAAUUAUCUAAUAUCUGGUUAAUUUUGCCAUGUGAUUUUGUUCCUGUGCAAUAUUUUCAUUAAUUUACCUAAUCGACUUCUCCAUUGAUUUUGAAGAAUAUUUUUAGUGACUCUGGUAACCAACAUAAAAGUGUCAAGUUAAUAUGUUGUGUUGAUGCGCUUUUCAUGCAUUUAUCAAGAUGAAUCUUUUUGUUAUUGAUCAGAAGUAAUAGUGUUUUUCCAUGUAUUGAAUUUAUGCCAAAAUGAAAUUACUAUUCAAUUUCCUGUUCCUGAUAACGUUUCUAGCUGUUAUUAUAUCUGCGGAAACGCAUCACAAAAAGAAAAACGAUAACACUGAAAAAUACGGUUACCGGAAUAAAAAUGAUGAUAGUGACGAGAUCACAGAGUUUAAGAAAAGUUCAGGAAAAAAUGCAGAAGCAAGAAAAAAUAAAAAUGUAGCCAUCAAAGGAUCUCAUGAGAAUGAUGAUUCUGAAGAAGAGAAUUCAAAAUACUCUAAGAAAUCAAAAGCACAACACCAUAGAGUUGAAGAAAACAUCAAAGAUGUGAAAUUCGACAGGAAUCUCCCGAUCAAAACCGCAAAAAAAUCUAUGAAAAAUGAGCCAGCAGAUUCUGCUGAAGGAAUCAAAGAAGACUUCUUCAAAUAUAAAAAGAAACCUUUGGGGAAAAAGAACAGUCAAGAUUCGUCUGAAGAGGUUCCUGAUGAAGAUGAUCUCCCAACUGCAAUGAAGAGUAAACAUGAAAACAUUAAGAAAAAUCUGAAAUAUAUCAAGAGAAAGCAAGAUGAUAGUAAUCCAGAAGAAAAUGUGGAUACGAAAAAAGUAACAAAAAAUAAACCUAACAAAAAACAUGUCAGCUCAGAAGAGGAUGACAAUAAACAGAAGAAGACCCACAUCAAGAAAACAAGCUUAGAAGGUGUUAAGAAAAGAACUGAUAAAAUAAUAUUGAACCAUGAUAAUGAUAAUGACGAAGAUGACUCUUCAAAAAACAAAAAGAAGUCGAAAAUUUUGAGGAGAGACGAUAGAACAGAAGAAAUUGAAAUUGAUGAUACUGCAGAAGAAAUGAAUGAUUCUGAAGAAGGUACCUCACGAGAUAAAGUUGAUAGUAGAGGAAUUGAUAAUUCUGCAAAGAAAUGUUACAGAUCCAAGAAGAAGGAUACGGAAUAUGAUAAAGAUCGCGAAAACGUCAAUGGAGAAUCUGUUAGAGAUGAUAGCGAAUAUUAUAAAAAGAAAAGCAAGUUCGGUAUCAAGUAUGCUCAUGAGAAAAAGAAAGAUUUUCCUACUAGAGACGAUAAUUUAGUGAAGAAAAUACAUGGAAUCGAAAAGAAAAAUCAAAGGUAUUCUGAUGAUGACGAAGAUGACUCUGAUGAAGAUGCUUAUCCGAAACGUCUACACCUACUAUUAGAUGAUGAUGACGACUGAAACUAUAUGCUUUACUGGUUCAAAACAUCGAUAAUUGAUUUUUCCAAUAUCCAUAUACCUACCACUUUAAAGCUGAAUAGGUAUCGGGAAAGUUCUGUAAUAUGUAUAACUUUUCAUCAUAUUCCUGGUGAAAUAUCAAAUAUAUAAUCUAGAAGUAUCAAAUAUAUCAUCUAGUACCUACAGCCGCCUUCAAUAAAGAACAUGUCAGGUUGGACGGUCUAUAUAAGAGCUGACACCGUCCAUUUGCUACAUGUUAUCUGAAGACAAGUGUACCUACCCCAACUAUUCAAUUGAAAUAAUAAAAUUUCCAUAAUAAGAAUAAUA